CCAAAAGAAACACUACCCAACAAAUGCACACCAUGCAUACAGCCCUCUCUACCAGUUGGUGCAGUGACAUUGUAAAACGGCACUUAAAAAAGAAGAAGAAGAAGAAGAAGAAGAAGAAAACGCAUCGGCGGUUGGAGUUGUGUAUAGCGAAAUGCAUGCUCUCGGAUAAGUGGGGAAACGAGAUUUGUUCGUCUGAAAGGAGAGCCCGGCUAUCAAUGGUGCGUUUAGGAGACAUAAUAUUCUGUUAGACGUUAGUAGUUUUACGACGGGCAGCAGUCGGUUUGCGUCUUAUGUAACUAACGGCCUGAGCGGCGUCGGUGAGGAAAGAGGGAUCUGCUGAAUGAGAGAGAGGAAAAGAGCAGCACCGCUUUGAAUUCACAUGGCAAUUUACAUUUAGGUUAGGACACCCAAACGCUACACAAAUACAAAUUGGGGGGCUACUGGGGACGGCUACCGCUUUGAUUUAAGACUGAGUUUGAAGCCAGCAGCAAGGGGACGUGGAGUGACUUAGUCGCCUCAAGUUGUUAAAGUGAUGGUGGACUGGGACAAACCGUGACUGAGGAACUAAACCAGAACCAAGGAAAAAAAACUAAACAAAACACAGGCGGCAAGAAGGACAGCCUGCAUAAUACUUCAAUACUACAUGGAUCUACAACACACUUGAUCAAGCUCCAAGUAUUGCCCAGCUGUUAAGCAUAAGAGGAGCAAUAGCCCUGGACCAAAGGUAGUAGAUGCUACUUGGAGUUUAAGACCUUCUUGAAAGAAAAGUUUUUGCUCUGACUUUUCACGGACCUGUGCGGAGUUACGUUGACCUGAUAAAGAAAUGGCGGGAUGUUAGUUUGGGUGUGACACCUGGUUUCUGCAUCCCAUUAUCGUGUGGAGUACAGAGGGCCAGUAGCCGAACUGCUGGCUGCUGCUGGACGGACCGUUGCAGCACUGGGUCGAAUCGAGCCGCUUCAACAGAGCCGAUGCCAAGGCCGGGAGUCAGCCAUGAUGUUUUUAUAACCUGAUGAACAGAAGAGAGAUGGUGAGGAAGAAGAAUCCCCCGAUCCGGAGUGUGGGAGGUGAGGAAGAGGAGGAAGAAGAGGGGAGGAGGCCAGCGGGAGAAGAGGAAGAGGAGGGAGAGGAGGAAGGGAGAGUAGGAGCAGAGGCCGAACGCAUAAACCGACCUUCUGAACCGGAAUCCUCUGACCGGAUCAGAGGAGAUGAACAGCAGGAAGAGGAGGAGGGAGAAAGCGAGUGCGUGUCCUCAUCUGUCUCACCCUCAUCUGUUGGUGACCGCUACAGUAACGAGGAGAGAGUGGGGAGGAGAGGAGGAGGAGGAGGAGGAGGAGGAAGGGCCAAACAGGCAUUGACUGACAGACCUGAGAGCCAGUCGGAGGCUGAGGAUGGGGAGAAAGGAGUGGAGGAGGGAGAGAGGAGUGAAAGAGACCGAGGGGAGGCAAAUCAUCUCGCUUCUCCUCUCCUCUCUGCUCCCCACCUGCUCCACAGACAGGAAGGAGGGGAGGAGUCGACAACCGAGACGCCUGCACUCGCCUCCAGCCCCUCUCCCAAACUCCAGGACUUCAAGUGCAACGUGUGCGGCUACGGUUACUACGGCAACGACCCUGCUGACCUGGUGAAGCACUUCAGGAAGUAUCACCUGGGUCUGCACAACCGCACACGGCAGGAUGCUGCCCUCGACACGCACAUCCUGGCCCUCCACAACAUGGCUCCCCAGCACACACCUCUGGAUACGCAGACAGGACAGGGGCAGAGGAACCAAGCCAAAGAGUCGGGGAAGACGAGACCAGACGUACACAAUCAACAGCACAGGACAGUUAUGAUGAAUGGCACAUACGACGUUCAGGUGACACUGGGUGGCACUCUUAUUGGGAUUGGCCGGAAGACCUCCGACUGCCAGGGGAAUACUAAGUAUUUUCGCUGCAAGUUCUGCAACUUUACAUACAUGGGCAGUAAUUCCUUAGAACUUGAACAGCAUUUCCUGUCCUCACAUCCAAAUAAAGUCAAAACCCCACCUACCACGCCUCUGCUGGCCACCAAUAACCUGACAACGCAUGACAGCCAGACGAAGGAAAGGAGUCAAAUCUUAGACGGGGCAGAGAGAGUCGCAGUGAGAGCGGAAGAUGAUUCCUUGGUCGGGUAUUCUGUCCCAGUCAGGGCGUGUUCAGAUACGUCGAGCUGGACAGGGGAGCCGGGUCGAGGCGCCAUGCAAGCAUAUUACUGGUGCAAAUUCUGUAGCUGGAGUUGCGAGUGGUCAGGGGGCUCGGCAAAGCUUUUAGAGCACUAUGAACAAAGACACAGAAUGACCAUGGGAGGUACUAUGAGCCCAAACAACUCUAAUCCUGGGGGGAUGGACAGAGAAAGAGAAAGAGGAGGGAGAAGAGAAGGAGGAGAAAGAGACCACAUGGUAUCCAAAACCCGCAAAGAUCUAUCAUCCAAUCCAUCCAGCACCAGUCAAGGAGAACCAAACAGCAGUGAUUCAGAAGCAGUGGUGACCAGUUAUAACUGUCAGUUGUGUGAUUUCCGGUACUCAAUGGCCCACAGUGCGGAUGUGAUCGUAGUAGCGCCGUUACUACUGCACUACCAACACAACCACUCCAUCCACCGAUGCUGCAUUCAGCACUGCAUGUACUGUCCGCAGGGGCUCUGCCAGCCCCAUAAACACCUGGGGGAGGUGUCUCACCCGUUUGCUUGUCGGAGGCCCUCCUGCCCUAAAUGCUGUUCCAAGUUUCCUCAGUCCACCAAACAGCAAGAAACUGUCGGCUCAAAACCGGCUGCCGCCACCUCGCCCACCAUGACCCCUCCUAUUCCGAGAGGUGACCCUGGAGUGACUUUUCAGCCCUCUAAUCCUACCCAUCCUGUUGUCACACAAGGCGUCACCCACUUGUGUGACCAGUGUGCGUUUGCCACCACCGACAUUGAUGUGUUGCUCCGACACUACGAAAGCUGCCACACCCUGAUCAACCUAAAGGGGGCACCGCCACAUGUUAAGGCUGAGGAUGAAGCUGGGGGAGACAAGGAAGUUGGUAGAGGAGAGAGGGAGUACUCUUGUACAAAGUGUCACUUCAUCACGGAAGUGGAAGAAGAGAUUUUUAGACACUACAGGCGUGUCCAUGCAUGUUGCCGCUGUCGACACUGCGACUUCACAGCUCCUGAUUCGUCGGCCCUUCUUGACCAUUUCAACUCGGCCCACUGUCAUGAAUCCUCUCCCUCAUUAAGCUCAUUGACAACGACCUCCUUACCCACCUCACUGACGGCCUCACUGACACCAUCGUUAACCCUCUCAGCCAAUGGCUGUUCAGCUCCCUCUACCUUAGCCAUUAAAGAAGAAAGCAAGGGGGAUCUUCGCCUCCUCUACUCUCUUGCACCGCCUGAGGGACGGCUGGCAGAAGGAGGCAGAGAAGAGGCAGGAGGGGUGGUAAAAAGUGAGGGAGGUGAGGAGAAAGAAAGAGAGAAAGGCUGGGUGCUUGGGGAGACAAGAGGACUAGGAGAAAGAGGAGGAAGUGAGCAGGCCCACGGUUUACUCUGGGUGCCCAAGGAGCGAAUGGGCCCCGACAGAGGAGUAGAAAGAGGUACGGGAGGUGGGAGCCCUUCUCUUUUCUCCUCCCCCCUCUCAUUGUCUUUUGUUUCAGCCAAUCAUGAGGCCUCGCAGCAGAAAAGAGGCGUGGCUUCACCGAGCAUGGUUUACCUGGGAGACACAAAGUCCUUUGUGGGAGAUACCAAGUCGUUUUUGGGAGAUGCCAAGUUGUAUGGAGGAGGGAGGCCAGGAGGAGCUGCUGCAGGUGGAGGUGGAGGGGAGAAACAGGUCCAGAUGGCUCCUCAGCAAUACACAGGAGUAGGAGGUGGAGGAGGAGGAGGAGGAGGGAGUGGAGGUGGAGGAGGACAGGAGACGAAAGGAGGAGCCGCUAAAGAGGAGUCCCAGUCCCUCCUACGGCGACGCAGAGGCAGCGGGGUCUUCUGUGCGAACUGUCUGACCACCAAGACGUCAUUGUGGAGGAAGAAUGCUAAUGGGGGCUACGUCUGCAACGCAUGUGGUUUAUACCAAAAACUGCAUUCGACACCCAGACCACUAAACAUCAUAAAGCAGAACAACGGCGAACAAAUUAUCCGACGGCGAACCCGAAAACGGCUCAACCCUGAUUCGCUGUCAUCUGAAACCCCGGCCCCCAAGCAACAGCGCAUCACAAGCGAGGAGCGUAUGAAUGGGGAGGAGUCCGACAGAAGCUGUGCAUCGAUCAAAAACCAGCAGCCUUCCCCUCGCUCGCGCUCACCCCGGUCCACUCAAGCCUUCCUUGCCAAUCAAACAUUGGAGAUCCAUCGACGCAUGCCUCCACUGCUCCUCCCUUCGCAUCCCCCUUCCUCAUUGGUAGCCGAGGGAAACGGGGCCAUCGUUGAGGGAGGGAUCAUUUCAAAGGUAGAGAGCAGUAAAGGAGGAGGGGGAUCAGAAAGAGGCAGUCCGAUUGAGAAGUACAUGCGCCCAUCCAAACCGUCCAGUUAUUCACCCCCUGGUUCACCUAUCGAAAAGUAUCAGUAUCCCCUUUUCUCCUUGCCCCUACCAUUAACCCUCUCACCUGAUUUGACCCCUGAGUCGGAUUGGCUCAGAUUCUGGACCAAGUAUAAGAUGGCAGCCACCUCUGGGGUUCCUGGUAGCAUUAGUAAUCUAAGCAGCCCUGGUAGCCUUGGAAAUAACGCUCAUUAUCUUGGUGCAAUGGUAACUCCAGUACAGCAUCAUCAGCAAAGCUACACGGUGCCUUACUGCGCCUCUCCCUACUCUCCUCUUCCCCCUCCUCCAGCUCCUCCUCAUUAUCCUCCUCCCCCUCUUCAUUCCCAAACCUCGACCUCAUCAUCAUUAGAAAAUGAUGCUCCUUUGGAUCUUGCAAUAAGACAAAGAGAUCCAAGUGCUGCAAAUGCACACAUGUCAACAAAUGGCGCAGAGAGGAGAAGGCAGGAGUCACCACUGGCUGAGAGGUUGCGAGAGAGUUGGAAAGGAGAGAAAGAGGAGGAGGGGACAGAUGAAGGUGGGACCCAGAGGGAGGAGAUAGAAAAGGAAGAAAGUCAUUUGACAAAAAGUCGAUCAAGUGUCCCAUUGAAUCGCGCAAUGGUGGAAGUGGCCACACAGGAUGACCUGACCAACCGUUGCGUCCACUGUGGGAUUUACUUCCUAGACGAAGUCAUGUAUGCCCUGCACAUGAGUUGCCAUGGUGACCAGGGACCAUACCAAUGCAGUUUUUGCCACCAUGUGUGUGUGGAUCGCUAUGAUUUCACCACACACAUACAGAGGGGCUUACACAGGUACACAGAAAAAACAUCACAAAACAAGGCUCACGUGCAAGAUGGCAUAAUUCAGAACGUCACAAUGGUAUCAGAAAAUCAUGCUGUGACGCCACAGGAAAAGGAUGACGGUAAUCACAGUGAGGUUACAGAUGAAAGCAAAGAUGUUACAGGAGUUUGUCAUGAGAACCAAGCUAAAGAAAUUACCGACGACAAUGCCACAAACAAUGAAACAGGAGUUGAAAAGGAGCUCAGAGACGAGGGUCAGACGGGCGACAAGAUGGUGUCAGAUAGUAGUGAUGACAUCACAGAAACCGCAGACGUCACAACUGUCCCUGAAUCUAAAAGCUUGGAUGAGAACACGGAGAGUAAUUAAUCUGAUGCCUUUGACUUACACAAACCUUGAAGAACGUGUUUUAUUGGAUGAAUAAGCUGUAUGUCUCCGCGUUCCUGGAGGCUAGCUCAUGUCAAAAUGGGCCCAUCCUCGGCACUAAAUGGAACACAUCCUCAUGCUGGAAGCACUCGGCUGUCAAAACGGUCAAAAAUCAUCGGAGGAUCCUGCUGGACUGCUGCAGGGACAGUUUGAAGAAACAGCCUGAAUCUUUCGUUGAGUGACAGUCACUUGACAGCUCUGGUGCAAGUAUUCAAUAACAGAGUGCGGGCAUGCAGCUGAAAUCACCUUUAACAAACAGCCACUUCGUAUGCUUUCCAAAUAAGAGGAUUGGAAGCUCGACUGAAAGUUGGACUGGUCUCAUUUAGGUUGAGUUUGUGGAGCUCAGAACUUGCACGGCCACCAUACAGCAAAGCAAAAAAAAAAAAUAAAGAAAUAAAAAAUUAGAAGUAAAACACUUAAACUGAACUGAGCUGUGCUUUGUUAUGCACCAUGCUAAACUGAACCCUGAGCUGGUCCACAGUGGCCUGAUGCAUCAUUCAGACUGUUUUAUCUUGGUACAACCAGAUCUGAUCUGGUUAGAACUACUUUGUUCUGGUCCAGAGCAUGUUUUUGACUGUUCCACGGCUGUGCAAAACCAAAACUUAAUUUGACUCUUUGAAACUGGUCGGCGUUAAACCAGUUAGUUCCUGUUCAGCUGGUGUUACCUUGGUACAAAAGGAUCAGUUGGUUUCUCUCGCUUGUGCGCUGUUGUCUCGGAAACUGUCAGUGCAAAAAUCACAGUGGCUGCAAAAUGGCCCGCAAUGGGAGACUGGUUGGCUUUGAUUUGACGGUGACUUUUUGAACCAGCCUCACCUGGUUAAACCGGCGUGAAUCCGGACCGAAGUGUUCUCUUCAUUUGUUUGGAACGAACCAAGUGACAUUAUUUUCUAUCUUCCUCCGUGCCAUGAUACUAGAUAUGUGCCUGGCUGCCUGCCUAAUAGAACAACCAUCUAUUAACCUGCUUAACAUUUAUAUUAAUAAUAAUAAUGAUAAUAAUAAUUAUGCUGUUAUACUACAAAACAUGCAAUUUGCUACACUUUCCUAUAUAUAAUAUGUUAUUUUGUAAAAACAAAUAAUGCUUUUUUUGCAGGAAAUGGUACUAUAAAAAUUAGUCUAUUUGAGGUUUGUUUUUGUUUUUUUUUUCCUUUUUUGUUUUUCAGCUGUUUAUUGUUUGUGUUCCUAUGGAGACUUGUUAUAUUGAUAACAGCCGUCUAACAGAAAUGGUACAGCAAAAGAGGGGGUUGUGUGUAUGUGUGCAUUUAUGUAACUGCGUUUAUGUGUGUAAGGAUCAAAGGGUGUGUCCGUCCCCAAACGACGAUGUAAAAUAAUGAAGGCUUGCGUUCGGUAUUUCAGUCCUCAGGGGUCAUGCGUGUUGCACACCAGCCCAACCUGUUUCACAGCAUGUGACACAUCAUUCUUACAUGUUCAGUGGUCUUAUGGUUUUGGCAUGUUACAUACUUUUCUCUUACAUAUUUUAAAUUCUUUAUGUGUUAACAGGUCAAAAUGGACUUAGUACCCUAACUUUUUAUUCUGUAUGUCUUUCACAUGUUGAUAGGUUACAUGGUUUUACAGAGAGACUUAGGAAGCUAGUGAAGUAAAACCCUCAGUUUUAUCACAAGCACCAGUUAUUUGGGUUAACUGUAUAAACCUUUGCUCUGUUUCAAGUCUACAGAGCUUCUCACCUAUGGUGUUUUAUUCAGCUUAUCUCAUAUUUCUGAGAGUUUGUUAGGUUACCUCUAUGUAGCAUGUUAGCAUCUUAGAAAAUCUACACAAUAAGUUGCCUUCUCCAUGGAUGGCAUUGCUACAUGUUAAGCCUAAAUGAUGCUGAAAAAACACAACAAGAUGAAAAUUCAAUCAAGUAAAUAUUGCUCUCAGCUCUGAAUAACUCAGCCCAUUUUUUUAACCAUUCACUGCCCAGUCGUUGUGUUCUAAACACAAUUAAGGACAAUAUCCUGAUACCGGAACUGAGUCUCUCUUUAAACCGAAAUUUGCAGUUCUCGUUGUUAAAUUUAGUCAGUGAACGAGUCAUGAGAGUCAGGUCUUGGAGAUCCCCUAUCCUUCAGAGUAGACCGACGUGGCGGCCAUCUUGUUUAUUUUUAUAAAGAGAGAAUCACUUCUCCAGCCUUGCUGCCUUAGUUGCUAGGAAACAAACAAAAAUAAAAUCACCGGGGGACUACUUUUAAGGAAAUAAUAAUAUGCUGAAAGACAAUAAGAGACAGAAAGGAUGAAAGAAAGAGGGGUAAAAAGAUAUUUUUUUAAUGCUUAUCCAAAAGACAUGGAUGAAAAAUAUCCCGCCUAGUGCCUGGUAACUUGUACAGUUUUUUUAAAAGGUCUGCUUAUCUUUGUCAAAAAGUUAUGUAAGUUAUUAGUCAUGUCAGCCAGAAGUUAGACAAACUUCCAUAUCAGUUCUCAUGCACCAGGUUAUUAGAGUCCUUUGUUAUCACAUUUAAUUUCAGCCUCGCUGUCUGAUUGGUCCAAAUACCUGUUCACACUUGGCAUCUUCAGGCUUUGAGGAAGGCCUACAUGUGAAAUUGGUUGCUAUGCUAACUGUCAGUCACUAGUCGACCAUCUUUCAUUUUUGUAUGUAUGCAAAUGUCUUGUUGAGACACAUGCCUCUGUAACUUUUGUAUGAAAGACUUAAGACCAAGAUGUUCUCUACUGUGUAUUUGGUUCAUUUGCAGACGGAAGCCAAAUUAUGGCGUGCAGUCAAGUCACCAGAGUGCUCAUAUUUAUGGUAAAGGUGUUACUGUUCUGAGGAGGAGUUUAAUGUUAAUGCAUGAAUACAUUUCUAAAUUUCAUUAUUUCUAAAACCAGCAGUGAGAUAAGUGUUCUUUCUUGUUGAAAUGUUUUAAGUCGGCAAGACAACAAACUAUAAAACAUUUGCGUUAUGCUUUUACAGCCAACAAAAGCAAACUGUCUGGCUGUCUAAACGGCGCUGCAUUCAGUACUGCACGUGUCACAUGAGAACACUAAGAAACCUUUCAAACUAUUGGUGCAACAUAUUUACAUUGGAGUUGCAGGUCUUCUCACUGCAGCUGCAGUAUAAAAGCAAAGAAAUCGUUUGAACUAUUUAGGAUGUCUCAUGCUCACACGUGCCAGCCUUUUGUCUGGCAUACAUCCCACUCUGGUUUCAAAGACAUGUUUGUCCUCUGAUGACUUUGCUUAACACCUUUACUAUGUAUGUGUGGCUCCAUAUCACACCUGUCAAGUGAAGGCUUAUGACGUGUGUUAGAUACAUGGUUUGAAACUGCUUUUAUUUGGCAGUUUGCCCUUUAUUUGCUGAAUAGGUUCCAUCAUGCUGUAUUAGGACUGAUGAAGCCAGUUCAAAAAAAAUGUUCUGAUUGUCCUUAUUCUAGGAAAUCUCUUGUGCUCAUGUGUAAAAAUUUUAAAUUUUACUUUUUUUUUUCUUAGUUAUGGGCGUCUCUUAAGGGACUGCUAGCAUAGUAAAACAUGUUUACAUUUGCAAAUGUAGCAAAUACAAACGAGAAGCAAAGAAUGAAGCAGUGCUUUGUUGAAAGACAGAACAAAGGGAAGGAAAGAGGGAUACCUGCUGAGACGGACAGAUGGGUGCCUUAGAAGAAUAUAUGGGGAGAAGGUCUGACCAGUCUCCCAUUCAUUUGCCUUUCAUUUUUAAUCUCUUCACUCACGGUUGCGUCCCUCCUGUCUACUGUAUUCCUCCACUUUCUUGCAUCCCUUCUUUUGAUAAAAGUAUUCUCAGUUGGCAAGCAAGUUAAUGGGGGGUUUGAAUGGGAGUUUAUUGUGUCAUACCGUCUUGUUCCCCAAAAAAGCUGAGGUUGACUCAGUUACCCUCAGAACUGACAGGAACUCAUAAUGUUGUUACCAGCAGUGGGGGAAAAAAAAAAGAAAAAUCAAAUGCAUGCUAGAAGCAAAGUGUGGCUUUUCUCAGAUUUAGAUUUAUUCAUUUGCCAACGGGACACAUUUGAUUAAAAAACUCAACGUGAAUUUUCAUCUCUCGAAAGAUGUGUAAGAAAUACUUUGGUAAAGGUUUUCAUGAGACUUCUAGGAAAUAGAAGGGCAAAGAUAUGUAAAAUUAAAAAAAAGAUUAGAUUUUUCCUUUUUUUUUUCUUUUGUUAAAUCUGGGUGCACAUCUCAUCGUGAUGAACCACAGAGAAAAUUUCUGAUGCCAGCAUCUUCCAGUAGUUUAGCUUUUGAAAGAAAAUCUUUCCCGUUUACUUACUGAGUUGAGAGCAAAAAGAACGCAGCUUUGACAAUAAAAAACAACUUUGCUCAUGCAUGUUUUUCUUUUAUAAGUUCUCGUCAGAACCUUCUCUUAUCCAAGUAUCUUCUUUUGUGUAUUUUUCAGCUUAAAAUUGUCUCUUCCCCCCCCCAGUCAUGUAAGGAUACUGCUUGUCUAAAAGACAUACAAUAUCGACAUUAAUGUUGAUACGAAUUCUGGGAGCGAAUUUUAGCUGGCAUUUAUGAUUCCAAAUAGGCAAUUUUUUUUAUAAGACACCCACAUCUUGACCUUCUUUGACUUCAAUAAUGAGUGUUUGUUUGAGGUUUGAUGGCAUUUCACAUCAGCGUUUACAUUGGGGGGAGUUUUAACAAGUGUUUUAAUUUUUGUCUUUGUCAGAAUGUGUUACAGAAAUUUAUGCUGUUGCUUGCACUCCAUUUAUUAUGUUCUUAUUGCCAAGGAAGGGACAACAGACACACACACAGACACACACCGGCUAUGGUACGGUUUGAGUGUACAUUAUGGGAUGUACAGUGUUAACCAUGGGAGACAAGGGAGCUUAAGGCCAGUUUUUCAAUGGUCAGAUACACACACCCACAUGCAUGCACACACACAUCAAAUAUGUACAUUUAACCAAUUUAUUUUAGUAGAAUUUUGUCUCUAUUCAGUUGAAUGCAUUUUAUAGAAAAAAGUUUAAUUUUUUUUUUUUUUUUUUUUUUUUUUUAGGUUUUGUUCUUUCUCAUGUUGUAUUUUAUUCUGCUACCUUUCUGUAUGUUAUUGUUAUUAGGUUUUAUUUCAUGCAAAAAUGAUAUUUCAACAUAUUUUGACAGCCAAGGUAAGUUUGUUACACAGCUAAACUUGAAGAAUAAUGUUGAUGAUGAUGAUAAUAAUUAAUAAAAGUAAUAACAAAUGUACCA